AGAGAUUGCUGGAUGACUCAACAAAAGAUGCUGCUACAUUGAACACUGCCGUAUCAAUUAUAUAUUAAUACAAAGACACAUUAACAGGAUUAUUCAUUAUUGGCUAAAUAGUAACAAACAUCUGUGUACAGAAUGAGCUUUAAUACAACUGUCCUAACCUACAAUGGGAAAACUACAUUGGACAUCGUCGUCUACAUCAUCAUUAUUCUCUUAGGAACCUCUGGAAACUCUGUGGUCAUCUGGGUGGCCGGCAUCCGUAUGAAACCCAUCGUCACCAAUGUGUGGUUGAUCAACCUUGCCGUGGCUGACCUGAUCUUCUGCUUGGUACAAAUUUCCCAGCUCAUAAGACACAUUUUCUUCGACCACUGGCCAUUUGGACUCUUUAUCUGCAAGUUUAAUGCCUUUGUCAAGUAUGCCAACAUGUUCUGCAGUGUUUUUCAUCUGGCUGUCAUCAGCGUGGAUCGAGCGAUCUGCGUGUGGCGCCCAGUGUUUACCAAGGAAAGACGGACAUUAUAUGCGGCUCGUGUGGUCAGUUUGGGAGUGUGGAUUGUGGCGUUGAUCUUCAGUUCACCAUUCUUGGUGUAUCGGGGAGUUUACCCUGACAAGAAGAAUGUGAGCAAGUGCUCACUUAAGGUCAGAACAGCUUUACAUAAAUGCUUAAAUUCAAAGUAUGUUUACUACAACAUUCGCUUCUUUUGUGGAUUUCUGCUUCCUUUCCUGGUGAUCUUUAUCUGCUACACACUGGCUGCUAUUGGGAUUCGCAGAACGAGACUCUCCGGCAAAUCAAGGUCUCUCCGGAUUCUUGCUUUAUUGGUUUUUGCAUUUUUCUUCUGCUGGGCACCUUAUCACAUCCUAGGUCUUGUUAAGAUGAUAAAUAAAAACCACCCGGCUGUAAAGUUAGGACAGCAUAUGACUUCAAACUUAGCCUAUUUCAACAGCUGUGUGAACCCAAUGUUGUACUUCUGCACGGGACUGAAACUCAGACAACGCUGCAAUCAAAGCCUCUUAGGGAUUUUUCACAGAGCUCUUACGGAAGAAGGCCAAGCUCUGUCCCAGGACACAAAUAUGGAGGAACAGUUUAAAUGUGCUGAUAGAGUUUAUCAAACACCUGUGUGUAUGACUAAAGAUUAAGUGCAUGACAUUUUUUCAUCUGAUAAGCAGUUAAUAUAG